AUGAUAGUUCAUGACAGAAUAUAUUCUAUAGUCGCUACACUAGUGUUGACAUGGACAGCAACAUGCCAUGAUAAUGGACCAGAAGAAAAUAACAUUUCACAGUUCAAACAUCCUUCAACUAGCUUAAAACAAAAUAAUGUAAACACACAGAACAUCAAUAAAAAGUACAAUUACAAGUCUACAAAUGAAAUCACCAGUGAGGAUUAUUUCAAUAAAAUAGAAAACCAAGAUUAUAUAACCAAUUUUGAUGUAAAUUACAUAUACAAUGUGCAAUCUUCAGAAAAUUGGGAUGAGUCUAAUGAAUAUGAAGUUACUAGUUCAGAAUCAAUGGAACAAAAUACGAAAAAAAAUAGAAACAACCAAAAUAUUAACAAUGUCAGUGAUUCAUCCAAUUCAGAAGAAAACAAUUACUUAGAUGAUAUAUUAAAGAGUUCCACGUAUAAACCUGAAAAAUCCCUUUGUAACACACCAAAUAGUAUACCAAAUAUUGAUAAUGAUUACAUAAGUCCGAUAAUGCAAGACAGAUAUUCAUUAAAUAAUCAACAGAGCAGUAAUCAUUCAAAUGAAAAUACUCCAAACAGAUCAGAUGAAAAAAAUUGUGCAACAAUUGAAUGUAACAACAGCAAAAAACCAUUGAAUUAUUUGGGCAAAACAGUAAAUAAUCACCCAGGUAAUAAUGAUUCAGAUGAAUCAAGUACUAGCAGAUCAAAUGAAAAAUAUAUUUUAUCGAGUAACGAAAAGCAGAGUCCUCAAAGCAAAUAUACAGCCGGAAAUUCCCUAAAUAAUCAACAUAGCAAUAAGCAUACAUUUAUGACUAGUCCUAAAAGUUUGAACGCUAACAAUAGUUUAUCAAGUGAAGAAGACCAAUUUUCUCAAAGCAAACAUACACCUGAAAAAUCAUUAAAUAAUCAACAUAGCAAUAAUUCAAGUGAAACUACUCCAAACAAAUCAAAUGAAAAUAAUUUUAUGUCAAAUGAAAGUAACAACAGCAAAAAACCAUUGAAUUAUUUGGGCAAAACAGUAAAUAAUCACCCAGGUAAUAAUGAUUCAGAUGAAUCAAGUACUAGCGGAUCAAAUGAAAAAUAUAUUUUAUCGAGUAACGAAAAGCAGAGUCCUCAAAGCAAAUAUACAGCCGGAAAUUCCCUAAAUAAUCAUCAUAGCAAUAAGCAUACAUUUAUGACUAGUCCUAAAAGUUUGAACGCUAACAAUAGUUUAUCAAGUGAAGAAGACCAAUAUCCUCAGAGCAAACAUACACCUGAAAAUUCAUUAAAUAAUCAACAGAGCAGUAAUCAUUCAAAUGAAAAUACUCCAAACAGAUCAGAUGAAAAAAAUUGUGCAACAAAUGAAAGUAACAACAGCAAAAAACCAUUGAAUUAUUUGGGCAAAACAGUAAAUAAUCACCCAGGUAAUAAUGAUUCAGAUGAAUCAAGUACUAGCGGAUCAAAUGAAAAAUAUAUUUUAUCGAGUAACGAAAAGCAGAGUCCUCAAAGCAAAUAUACAGCCGGAAAUUCCCUAAAUAAUCAUCAUAGCAAUAAGCAUACAUUUAUGACUAGUCCUAAAAGUUUGAACGCUAACAAUAGUUUAUCAAGUGAAGAAGACCAAUAUCCUCAGAGCAAACAUACACCUGAAAAUUCAUUAAAUAAUCAACAGAGCAGUAAUCAUUCAAAUGAAAAUACUCCAAACAGAUCAGAUGAAAAAAAUUGUGCAACAAAUGAAAGUAACAACAGCAAAAAACCAUUGAAUUAUUUGGGCAAAACAGUAAAUAAUCACCCAGGUAAUAAUGAUUCAGAUGAAUCAAGUACUAGCGGAUCAAAUGAAAAAUAUAUUUUAUCGAGUAACGAAAAGCAGAGUCCUCAAAGCAAAUAUACAGCCGGAAAUUCCCUAAAUAAUCAUCAUAGCAAUAAGCAUACAUUUAUGACUAGUCCUAAAAGUUUGAACGCUAACAAUAGUUUAUCAAGUGAAGAAGACCAAUAUCCUCAGAGCAAACAUACACCUGAAAAUUCAUUAAAUAAUCAACAGAGCAGUAAUCAUUCAAAUGAAAAUACUCCAAACAGAUCAGAUGAAAAAAAUUGUGCAACAAAUGAAAGUAACAACAGCAAAAAACCAUUGAAUUAUUUGGGCAAAACAGUAAAUAAUCACCCAGGUAAUAAUGAUUCAGAUGAAUCAAGUACUAGCGGAUCAAAUGAAAAAAAUAUUUUAUCGAGUAACGAAAAGCAGAGUCCUCAAAGCAAAUAUACAGCCGGAAAUUCCCUAAAUAAUCAUCAUAGCAAUAAGCAUACAUUUAUGACUAGUCCUAAAAGUUUGAACGCUAACAAUAGUUUAUCAAGUGAAGAAGACCAAUAUCCUCAGAGCAAACAUACACCUGAAAAUUCAUUAAAUAAUCAACAGAGCAGUAAUCAUUCAAAUGAAAAUACUCCAAACAGAUCAGAUGAAAAAAAUUGUGCAACAAAUGAAAGUAACAACAGCAAAAAACCAUUGAAUUAUUUGGGCAAAACAGUAAAUAAUCACCCAGGUAAUAAUGAUUCAGAUGAAUCAAGUACUAGCAGAUCAAAUGAAAAAAAUAUUUUAUCGAGUAACGAAAAGCAGAGUCCUCAAAGCAAAUAUACAGCCGGAAAUUCCCUAAAUAAUCAACAUAGCAAUAAGCAUAAAUUUAUGACUAGUCCUAAAAGUUUGAACGCUAACAAUAUUUUAUCAAGUGAAGAUGACCAAUUUUCUCAAAGCAAACAUACACCUGAAAAUUCAUUAAAUAAUCAACAGAGCAAUAAUUCAAGUGAAACUACUCCAAACAAAUCAAAUGAAAACAAUUUUAUGUCAAAUGAAAGUAACAACAGCAAAAAACCUUUGAAUUAUUUGGGCAAAACAGUAUAUAAUCACCCAGGUAGUAAUGAUUCAGAUGAAUUAAGUUCCAGCGGAUCAAAUGAAAAAAAUAUUAUAUCAAGUGAAGAAAAGUAUAGUUCUCUAACCAGAUAUACAGCUGGAAAUUCCUUAAAUAAUCAACACAGAAAUACUCAUUCAAGUGAAACUUCUCCAAACAGAUCAGAUGAAAAAAAUUGUGUAUCAAUUGAAAGUAACAACAGGAAAAAACCUUUAAAAUAUUUGGACAAAACAUUAAAUAAUCACGGAGAUGGUAAUGAUUCAGAUGAUUUAGGUUUCAGCAGAUCAAAUAAAGAAAAGAGUUUAUCAAGUGAAGGAAAUCAUAUUACACAAGCCAUUAAGAAACCUGAUAGUUUUUCUGAAACUGCUUCAAAGGAUUCAAAUAAUCAAAGCGGAAUAUUUAGUAAAAUAACCAGUGAUACUAAAUCGAUGAAUAUUCAACCGAGUAAUAUAGAAACAUAUACAACCUAUCCUAAGGAUUCAUAUGAUAAUAAACGUAUAUCUAGUAUAGAAAAUACCGGUAUAAGAUCAUUGAAAUUAUUUGACGACUUCGUAAAUAAUAACAGCGGCAGUGUUAAAUCACUAGAAUCGUCUUCAAUUGAGUUUAAUGAAAACGAUGUUAGGUCAUUUGAAGACCUCACUGAUCAUUUUAGUUUUGAUUCAUCAUUUGAAACAGAUAGUGGUAGUUCUGACAUAGAUUUUAGUAGUUUUGAUAAUGAAUAUUCUAAUCUUUAUAUUAAAAAUCAAUAUGGUAAACCUUUUUUUGGUCAUAAAGAAUUUAGCUAUGAUAAUUUAAAUUCAGUUAGUAAUGUCCCAUUGAUAAAUCCAAUCAACCAAGAUGAUAUCAAUAAAUCAGUCUAUAAAUCAUUGCCUUUGGAUAUCUCAUUUGUGGAUAAUAUUAAUGAAAAUCAUCUUUUGCGUGGUUGUUUACCCAUUGUUAAUCCUAAUCUAUCUUAUGAUAGCAAUAUAAGCCCUCAACAUGUGUUAUAUUCUACACCAAAUUCUUUUGUGGCAUCCCUUCCAAAUGUUUAUAAUGUUAAUGUGAAAUCUACUUUCAGUGAAGAUGGCUUGGAUAAUGACCACAAUGGUGUUAAUUCAGUAGUUAAUAAACAGCCUUAUGAUACAAGUGCACUUGAAAAUUUCCCUGGAUAUUCAACCAAUAAUAUUUUAUCAUCUCAAUUUUCAGAGUAUGGAGAUAAAUUUUCCACUAACAAUGACAGAAGUAAUUUGUUACACAAUGAAGUUAUGCCUGAUUACAAUAUAUAUACCAUAAUAACAGAUUAUGAUGAUGUAGAUAACACUGGUUCUUUUGAAAAAAACUUUCAACUAGAUAAUGAAUUAGAUUCUUCCAAGUCAACUGAAUUUGAUGAUUUUAAUUUUACGGAUGACGUUCAAUAUUUAAACAGAAACCCAUCAUUAUCAUUUAGCCAAUAAUAUACUCCACUAGCCAGAUACAUUAAAGAUUUAACGCAAUUAUUUUAGAUUUACUGGAUAACAGUGAUUUUCAUUCAACUAUUUAACUGAUGAUACAUUGGAGUAAAUGGCCAUACUAAUUUUUUUUUUUAAUUUUUUGUUUAAUCAGUCUUUUUAAAUUAUUUGAAAAUUUGUCAAAUCAUCUCAACUUAAGAGUAACUAUAUUUUCUUUAAAAAUAUCUGUUAAAACAAACUUUUUAUUUUUAAUAAUUUGAAACAUUAGAUUAUUAUUUAAUUAUAAAGUAACAUUUUGUAUGUACUUUUAUUAAUUAAAAGCAUAGUUUUCAUAGAAUAAGUAUAUCAUAAUUAUGUCGUUCCAAUU